AUGGACCGAGCCGACGCCUCAGUGUUGCGCAGACACCACACCAAGCUCGCCCAGGUGGUGCACAACUUCUUUGUCAAGGCAGCCACGGUGAUCGCUGACGCCCGAGCGCCGCCACCACCGCCACUAGCGGAACACAGCGACGACCACGACCGGCCCAACCGCUGGUUCAACUUGGUGACGGCGUCCCAGUUAGGCCCCCACGUGUCGUCGCAGGACUGGGCCAAGUGGAAGGACGCUCCCCUCGACCAGGUGCCGCCCAUGAUCAUCGAAGUGUGCCUAGACCUCCGCAAAUUGAGCCCCGAACACGUGUUGGUGGUGUACGACGACGACGGUGCUACCUGGCAGGUAUCCCGCAAGAAUAAGCAGGAAGUGGUGCUUGAACGAUGGCUUGUGGAGUUCGAUCCUCAGGAGCGCGAGGACGCCGACUUGCCCCUUGUCUACAAGCACGCCAUCGUCUUGUUUCGCCUGUUAUACCUGCUUGUACGCCUCAUGCCUGCUGCCCCAUUAGCCCGCGCCGGCAAUAACGUCGACAUCACCGUCAAAAUCAUCGACGGGCGCCACCCCAUUUCUUCAAAAGGCCGGAUAGGCCUCUCCAAACCAAUCAUGGUCAACUCCAGCCAACACAAGAAGCUGGACCACAUCAGCCACCGCACAUUCCGCCCGAUAAUGACCAACGAGGGCACCCUCCGCAUCAGCACCGCCUACCGCACCCGGUGCAGGUUUGGCAUCGGCACUAUGCCUGACACGGCGCCAGCAGUACUGGAACAACCACCCACCACCACGGCCGAAACCACCUCAGCGCCACCACAACCACCAGUACUGGAACCGGUGCGGGCGACGCUGAGCGUGAGUCCGUGCACUCUGUGUCCGGGGGUUGACCACCAGGGACUGCCCCAACCACAACCCAUCGCCGUCAAGCUGACGAUCCAGCCGUUCCGCAUCGGUAGUCUCUCGACGCUGCCGCCACCGCUGACCUACGGCACUAGCAUUGGCACUCCCCCCGCCGACAGGCGCGUGCUGAUUGCUCUGAACCGGCUGAAUGCGCUGUUGGCAGCCAUGCUUCGUCAGCAGCGUAACCUGAGUUCACUGACCCAGCUGGCAGUACCCAUCACCGCUACCAUCGCCAUCCCCCGGCUGGUGCUGCUGCAGCACCAUUUCGACGGUCCCACUCCCGAGCUGCUGGCCAGCAACACUCCGCGGUUCCUGUCGCUGUUUGGCCUGCGCAACCGUCGUCUUUCUACGACCAGGCCUCAGGACUCACUCAUCUUAGGCACCAGUGCCGGGCUGGCGGUGCUGGGGGUGGGACUGGCCGGCAUCAGCGCAAAUGCGGGAGACGCCGACGCCGACGACAUUUCGGGGUUUGUCCGCAUGAUUGAUCUGAAGCAAGACCUUCGGUUUGGUCUGACGCCGGCGCUGACCGACCCAUUGAACAAGUACGCGCUGCUUCGCGCCCACCACCAGCAAUUGGGCGACUCGGUGAACGCGCUGGUGUUCUAUCUUCAGAGCCAUCAGCAGGGCAGCGCCCGCAAGCUAUCAGCACACUCAGCGGUGUCGCAUCUGCCUCCUGGCAGUUACCCUGAAGCGUCGCCAUUUCCUAGCAUCGGCCAGCGUCUAAUCCAGCUGGGCAGCGACUGCGCUGGCAGUGGUAGUGGGGCUAGUGGCGCCAGCGCUACCAGUGCCACCAGCGCUGCUGGCAUCACUCGCAACCGCCGCCGAACAUCAUCACUGCUAGCAUACGCCCCGCCACCAGUAUCGCUUCUCCGCCUGCCGCGGCGGCCGCCGCUGGCGUCGCCUCCGCCCGCCACUGCUCCCACGCCGACGCUGGAGAAACCCCCCAUCCACUACGAAAACGUAUUUGACGACGAUGACGACACGGCGCUGCAGUCGUCUAAACCCCACUGCCGUGCCCCCGACGACGACGACGACUUGUUAUUCACCAUGAGCGACAUGAGCCUCAGUAAACACCUCUAG